AUGGUUUACUGGGAUGCCUCCGUACCUACAGUCUCAGACAUGGACAUUGACGCGAUUGACCCUCUCCUCAAUCACGAUGUUUAUACCGAUCUCUUAACUUUUACCUUCUGUGGUCCCAAUCCUUAUAAUCAAAAUCAACCACUCUUUAUUGAUGCAGAGGAUCCAUCGCGUUCAUUCACAGCCACUCAGUUUCAUCAACUGGUUCGAACUUUGAUCGCGGGUUUCAAGGCACAUGGACUACAGAAGGGAGACUGUGUCCUCCUAAACUUGGGAAAUAGUAUCUUAUAUCCGGCUUUAUUCUUCAGUAUUAUUGGUGCGGGUGGAGUGUACAUGGGCUCUAACCCCCGCAGCCAAACUCAAGAACUCGAUCAUAUCAUUUCUCUCGCCGAGCCCAAAUUCAUCUUCACAACCCGCGAUGCCUUGCCCAUGGUGCAAAAGAUCGGUGCCACCCGUGGCAUCCACCCGUCUCAAGUAUGCGUCGUCGAUGAACGAGCCAUAGACAAUUGUGCCCAGCUCUUCGUGUCGUACGAAAUGGGUUACCCAACUGUGCCUGAGGUUCUAGCCAUGAACAACGAGAGUCCGCAUCUCAACUUCCCUAACUUACUCUGCUAUGGCCAGAGUGACUGGCUUGUGUUUACCGAUCCCAUGCAAGCGCAAACCACACCCGCCGCCAUGUUCUCCACCAGCGGAACCGGUGGACUUCCCAAGGCAGCGAUCCUCUCUCAUCAUGCAAUCAUCUCUCAUCAUCGAACUAUCCAGUACGACGUGCCCUUCCCGGUUAGCCGCUUGAUGUCGCUGCCCAUGUUCCAUAUGUUUGGAGCACUAUGGACCCACCUGUUCCCCGUCCGCUACGGGCAUCCCGUCUUUGUGCUGCCCCGGUUCGAGCUGAAGCAGUUCCUCGCGACUAUUCAUCGUUACCAGAUUUCCGAAACAUACCUGGUCCCUGCCAUUGUGCACUCGAUCAACCAGUCCAACCUUCCAAUCGCCGACUACCUGGCUUCUCUGCGGUACGUCGGGGUCGCGGGCGCACCCAUCGAUGCGCAGUCUAUGCUACAGUUCCAAAGCCUCCUCCACUCGGAAGCAUACGCGGCCCAGUUGUGGGGUAUGACUGAAGUGGGUGUUAUCUUCCAAUGUCGCUAUGGUCAACGUAACAACCACGGUAGCAUUGGUAGCCGUCUGGCUGGGUAUGAUGUGCAGCUGGUUGACCAUGAGGGUCAAAUCGUUCAGAAUGAUGACCGCGCCGGUGAGCUUUAUGUCCGUGGUCCUGGAUUACUCCUGUCAUACAAGGGUCGCACAGAUGCCAAGGAACAAGGGGGAUGGUUCCGUACGGGCGAUGUUGCGUAUGUGAAACACGGCUACUAUUAUAUUGUUGGACGGACAAAGGAAUUGAUUAAAGUGCGAGGAUGGCAAGUGGCACCUGCUGAAGUUGAAAAUGUCCUUCUCCAGCACCCCGGAAUUGUCGAUGCCGCCGUGACCGGUAUAGAUCGAAAAGAUGGUGGCGGCGAGGUACCUCGAGCCUUUAUUGUACGAUCUCGCGACCCUACUGUGAAACGACCCACCGCCGAAGAAGUAUAUAAGUUCGCACGUGAGCGACUCGCAAGCUACAAAGCGCUAGACGGCGGCGUGAUCUUUGUUGAAGAAAUCCCUCGUACAGCUAGUGGCAAGAUCCAGCGUUUCAAGCUUUCCCAAAUGAACAGCUACCGGGAAAUGGUUGCCUCCCUUCUUUCUCGCUUUGAAGGUGAGGGAACUCCAGCCCGUUCCUUACCCACCAGCGCGGACGUACCCGUCGGUAUGCCACCAGAGGGACGAGUUACCGUCUAA